UUGAACCGCCAAUCCACGGCAACGCCAACAUCCCCUUGAAUUCAGUUCAAUUCGCUUGUUUUCUUUCACUCUAUUGAUACCGUGCACUCAUCAAAAACCCAUCUCACUCUUCCCACAAAUUAAUUAAAAAUCCUCCGUUUCAAUGGCUUCUCUGACCCCAAUUUCCCAAUCCCAAUUCCUUUUUAACAAACCCCAGUUCACAAAAUCACGACCCCUGAAUUUCGCCUCCUGUUCCUUGCCCAAGAAUCUUCCCCGUUUGUCGUUUCAAUCGGUUAAGUUUAGCAGGAUGCCUCCUAAUCCCAGAGGUGUUGUUGUUGUGUCGGCUACGGCGGCUGCCGAGAAGUCCAGACGGAGGUACCCGGGAGAGGCCAAGGGCUUUGUGGAGGAGAUGAGAUUUGUGGCAAUGAAACUGCAUACCAGGGAGCAGGCCAAGGAGGGGGAGAAGGAAGUCAAGCAACCUGAGGAGCAGACAGUUACCAAGUGGAAGCCUUCUGUUGAUGGAUACUUAAGGUUCCUUGUGGAUAGCAAGUUGGUGUAUGACACUCUUGAGGGGAUUCUUGAAAAGGCUGCUUUUCCUAGCUAUGCUGAGUUCAGAAACACAGGAUUGGAAAGGUCUGAGGGGCUGGCAAAGGAUUUGGAUUGGUUCAAAGAACAAGGUUAUGACAUUCCAGAACCAUCUUCUCCUGGGCGUAACUAUGCAGAGUAUCUCAAGGAAUUGUCAGAGAAGGAUCCUCAAGCAUUUAUAUGUCAUUUCUACAACAUAUAUUUUGCACACUCAGCUGGUGGUCGUAUGAUUGGGAAGAAGGUAGCCGAGGAGAUACUAAACAAAAAGGAGUUGGAAUUUUAUAAAUGGGAUGGGGAUCUAUCCCAGCUUUUGCAAAAUGUCAGGGACAAGUUGAAUAAGGUUGCUGAGAGAUGGACAAGAGAAGAGAAGAACCAUUGUUUGGAAGAAACUGAGAAGUCAUUCAAGUAUUCAGGAGAGAUCCUCCGACUAAUAUUGUCAUAACGCUUGUAAUUGCCAUGUGAUACUGUUAGUGGCACAAGCUAAAAUGCCAUCUCAAUUAUAAUGCUUUUCCUUUUCCUUGUAACUACCAAUUUCCUUGAAACAUUUGAUUGCUUCACCAUCUGUAAUCAGAACUCAUUCAAGGAUUUGAAUAAAUCACAGAUAUUAUA